AUAACAAGUUGGAAAAUGACCGAACAUAUGUAUUUCAACAUCAAUAAUCCUUUUCCUACCAUGGCACGGGGUUUGUUUACUGAGGAACUUGAAGAAGGAGAGGAAGGAUCUCCUGCGAUCAGAGAAGAAGAUAAAGGAAGAGAAAGAAUAGUGGGUAGGGGUUAUGAUAAAUUUUUCAACAUAGAUGAGGUCCCAUGGACAAAUUGGGAAACCAUGCAAGAUCAUACGGAAGGACCGUACUAUAUCACUCUGAAAUCGAACGGAUGUCUCAUACUGAUCUCUGCGAUCAGUCCGGAAUACUUGUUGGUGGCUUCAAAACAUUCGCUUGGAACGACAGUGGAACAACAGACGAAGGUACACGCGGAAGAAGGAAGGAAAUGGCUUCGUCGUACUCUACAAAAAAGUGGAAAGACGGAAGCUGAACUAGCGGCGAGAUUAUGGGAGAGGAAUCUUACUGCUGUUCUUGAGCUGUGCGACGACUCUUUCGAAGAACAUGUCAUAGCAACACCCGUUCACUGGACCGGUCUACACCUUCACGGACUCAACACCAACACAGCCACCUUUUCUUCCCUCCCCCCAGACCAAGUCGCUGGAAUGGCACAGGAAUUUGGCUUCAUCCCCACCAAAUAUAUCGUCCUACCCAACCUUUCCUCCGUUCGUGUAUAUACCGAACAAGUCUCUCAGUCCGGUUCAUGGGAAGGAGAACAAAUCGAAGGUUUUGUCGUUCGGUGCACUGUCAAAUCAUCUCCUAAAGAAGAAGGUCAGCCUCCAUAUAGUCCUGGUACACCAUUCUUUUUCAAAGUCAAAUUCGAAGAACCUUACAAGUUGUAUCGGACAUGGAGAGAGAUCACAAGGGUCAUGUUACCUCUUCUUCAGCUUAGUAAACUUUCAGAGGACAACAGAAAACAAUCGGAAGUGGACAUAUGGAGAAAGGUCGGCAGGAAAGUGUCGAGAGGAGAAGAAGCAGUUUAUGCCGAUUGGGUAGGAGAUAUGAUGAGUGACGAGCCAAGUUUAUUUGAUGAUUAUGAUAGAGGGGUCGUCAGAGUUCGGGAGAAGUUUCUGGCUUGGACCGAAAGUGAAGGGAAAGAGAAGUGGGAGUUGGCAAAGAAGGGGAAAUACAAGCUGAAAGGGUUACGGAAGGAUAAACAGCAGGCAGAGACGAGAAUUAAAGAAGGUCUAAAGAAAAAAUGGAUAAUCGUUCCUGUGGCUGUACCCGGUUGUGGAAAGACAAUGGUCGGAGUCGCUUUGAAAGAGAUGUUUGGGUUCACACAUACACAAAGCGAUGACGUAAGGAGUAAUAAGACCGCGCCGACGUUUCUGAAGAAUAUCGCGGAUUUGUUGAAAACUCAUGAUGUUGUAUAUGCGGAUCGCAACAACCAUAUUGACAAACAUUAUGACGAGUUAUCCAAUUUCACCGAAAAACACAAAUUUCUUAAAUCAUUUGACAUCCACCUCAUCGGUAUCUUAUGGGACGUCACAUCUCAGCCAUAUCAUCGAGUUCUUCGUACAUGUUCUCAAAGGGUCAUUCAACGCGGCGACAACCACCAAACCCUCCGUCCAGAUAUGACACCAAGUGCGGAACACGAAGUUGUCGUUGGGCAAUUCAUACGUAACUUCACUUUACCCCCUAAAGACAUAUUUGACCUCCUCAUCACCGUCCCUAUCGAUUCUUCACUUGAGAAAACACUUUCACAGAUCAUCACUGAUCUCCGACUUCCGCUGAAUCUGGCUCAACCGACUGAGGAAGAUGUGAAGAAGGCCGUACAAAAGGCAAAAGAAUAUAGAACCACAACACCGUUUCAUCCCCCUGCUACGAAAGUCGGUCGUCCGCCACGAUACUACGCUUUAGCUCCAGAGAUAUCUGUGGUGAAUCUGAUGGAUCAAUUGUUCCAUUUUUUGCAGAGUGAACAAAGCGAUGUCUUGGUCCUUGCUCGGGAAAUGUAUCAAGGUCUGAAAGACGAACGGGCUCUCACGGUCAAUCCUCAUAUCACGUUGGUACAUGAGAAAACUGUAGCGGAUGAAACGGAAAGACUAGGGAACGAAAUAGGACCACAUGGAAGAUUAUGGGAGGUGUGUAAGAUUAUACAAGGGGAAAUGAGGAUGUUCAAAUUCAGGUUCACUCAUCUGGUUUGGAAUGAUAGGGUUAUGGCUCUGGCGGUGGAUAGCUUGGAGACCGAGCCCAACAUCAAGCAAGAGCAUGGCCGGGGAGGUGAAGGAACGAAGGAAGAGUUGGACCUUCCAGAUGACGUCAGACAGGUACUACAUGUCACUGUAGGAGUCAAAGAAGGAGCUUCCGCUUUUGAAAGUCGGGCGCUGGUGAGGAAAUUACGUGAGACUGGAGGGUCAUUAAGGAAAGGAGAAGUGUUGGAGGAAGGA